CGUACGUUUUCUCCUCCAAUUGAGAAAACCGUUGAGAUCCUCAAGGUGUUUAUCUUCAAACUCGAAAGAUUAAACUGAUAAAGCAAAUAUUGAGUGUCAGUGUUUCUCGGUUUCGACAGCUAAAGAUAUGCGAAUUCAAUAAUACUGCCAGAAUCGAAAGUUUUGUGAAAAACUACCGCGAAAUCGGUGAAAAGUGAAGUGAAUAUAAACAUUUUUAAAAGUGUGUAUGUGUGGGUGUUCUGUUGUUGAAAUUUGAUCUGGAUUAUCUGUUUUAGAAAUGCAAAAACGAUUAUGAUGAGGUACGAAAAUAACCCAAGGAGAAUAUUUGAGGCAGUACUCACAAACGGAAGAAUGAGGGGUAGAUUAAAUGGUUCAUCAUGAAUUUUCGUGGGAUAGCUUUAGGCUUAUUUCUCAUUUGCACGAUCUGUACCUUGAGAGUGAUUUCCUUCGAAUGUACCAAUGGCUCUUGGACCAACGGCAUUUUAUACUCAACGAGGAAUAAAAUAUUCGAAAAUGUGAAAAUUUCCAGAGAGGAAGAUCCAGAUCAAAGGACACAAUUAUCAAUAAGGGUAUUUCCUAAAAAGGAUUUCACUGGUAGUUCAUGUAAAGUUAUACUUUCAUCUAGUGAAAGAGAAUGUCAUCACUAUAGCGAACAAAUAUUCAAAGUUGAGGAACCUGUUGUUAUACCGGGAUUGGCCGAAUCUGAGGAAUAUUUGAAACCUGGAUGUAAUUACAGCCUGAUUUACGUCAUUGAAGACCACUGCAUCCAAACAUAUUAUGAAGUUCCAGAAAAAAGGCCUUGUGAGCAUUCUUCUUCUGAAGAUACUUUCGAUUCAUUUCCAAACGAGGUACUAGACAAUGUAUCCAUAAACGCCUUCAAAAAGAAUGCAGUCCGACUCAAUAUUUCAUUGUCUGCUAGACCAGAAUACUCAAACAUCAAUGGUACCAUCGUCAUCAAUUCCAAGAUGGCGAGUUGUGACCACACCGAGGAAUUCAGCUUCGGAUUAUCUGAAUCGUCUCUGGUGGUGCCAAGGGCUGAGUUUCCUCACAGUUUCAUCCAAACGGGGUGUGAAUAUAUGAUCGACUUCGAGUUGAACAAUGGAUAUUGCGUGACCACAACAUACAAAGUACCUGAUUUGUGUUUGGGGUUCCACCCAAGAGCUGAAGUGACUGAUGUGGUAAGAGAGCAACAAGGUGUAUACAGGGUCGUAUGGGACUCAAAGACUACAGAGAGAAAUGAGACUGUUCCAAUAAUAAACAUAGAUUAUAGGUUAGAAGAUGUAUCUUACGAAGAAUUUAGCAGCCAAAUGGUUGUGGAGAACAACUUCAACUUAAAUUACUCUUUGCUGAAUUUUUCACGGUUGAAGAAACCAAGAAUCUACAGACUUAUAGCCACAUUCUUGAACGAAAAAGAAUGUUCACAUACCUCGUCUUUCGAUUUUGAAGUCAGAGGAGAUCCUGGAGUCUUCUUAUUCAUUCUUGCAUCCGCUAUUCUUCUAUUUGGUCUUGUCCCAGCAAUAUGUAUGUGUAUACCAACAAUGCGCAAGAAGAUACUGGCUGUUUCCAAGCGUUUUUUCGACAAAACUAUCGUCCAAGUUCAUGUUCCAACUUCUGAACCUUUAUACUUUGACAUUCGCAGAAAGGAAGAGAUAAACCUGUCGUACGUGCCAAUAGAAUUACAAAACUGCGAUGAGUUUGAGUUUCCCAUCAACUUCCGGAAGCUUGAAUUCGACCUGGACAUAAAUCCUAAAUGUGGUAAUUUUGGAGAGGUGCGUAAAGCGAAGGCUUAUGGUAUCAACAAACUGGAAGGCUUCACAACUGUUGCUGUGAAGAAGCUCAAGGAUGGGGCUUCUGAAGAAGACGAACAAGCUCUGAAGGAGGAAAUAAGCACUCUAAAAAAAAUCGCUUAUCAUGGGAACCACGAGAAUGUAGUGAAAAUGUUGGCGUGCUGUUCUAUAAGUAAACCGUACAUGAUACUCCUCGAGUUUGUUCCUUGUGGAGACCUCAAAAGCUACUUGAUAGUUCUCAGAAACGAAUGGUCCAUCAGGAAGAACAACAGACAUUUCGUUUUUCCAGUAGAUAAAAGCAGUUGCUCUUAUAUAUCGCCAAAUUCAAGAACUAUCAGUGAAACAUCCUCAAAUCUUCCUUCACCCACAGAAACUGAAUUGACUGCUUUAUAUGAUGAAAGUGAUGAAACUUCACCCACACGUACAACUUCCAUUGAAAUUACUCCAGUUCUGAGUAAUAUUGAUCUCCAAAACUUCGCGCUUCAAAUAGCGAGAGGGAUGGCUUUCCUAGAGAGUAUAUCAGUAGUGCACAGGGAUCUAGCCGCUCGAAACGUGUUGAUAAGCGAAGACAAAAUCCUCAAGAUAUCUGACUUUGGAAUGUCCCGGAAUGGAGAUUACGUAAACAAAAACACCAACAAACAACAACCUGUGAGGUGGAUGGCACCUGAAUCUAUAGAAAAAUUCACCUGCACCAGCAGAAGCGACGUUUGGUCAUUUGGUGUGGUACUCUGGGAAAUAGGAACACUAGGUGCAUUUCCUUACGACAGCAUAUCCAAUGAUUGCAUCCUGGAGUAUCUCCUGUACAGUCUGAAGAAGGGAAUAAGGCUGAUGCGUCCAGAAAUAAGCACAGACGAGCUGUACUCGCUGAUGUUGAAAUGCUGGUCGAUGGAUCCGCAGAACAGGCCAAGUUUUCAGGAAAUUGUCGAUUUCCUUAGCGGGGAAAAGAAGAAAAUCUAUCUGGAUCUUCGAAAACUGAACCCCGCCUAUGUGUUCCCACCCACAAAACAAAUAUGAAGACAUUUGGAGUGUCGUUGUAAAUUAUUUUUCAAAUUGUGAUAGGAUAGAGUAUGUGUGCGAUGUGCGAAUGAAGGAAUUGUGCGAGAGUUGUAUCGAUGACUUUGUGUAACAAUACUGUACUUAAAUAUGAAUUCAUGUACCUUAUAUUUCAAGUAAAUAAAAUUAUAAACCUUCA